AUGGAUGAAACUGCAGAUGAACGUGCAGUCUGGUUCCAAGUUCUCCAUGGUGAGCGCAUCGAUGCGCGCAUCGCCCGGAAUCCCAAGGCUGGAGAUGAGACUGUCUCCCAGCAUCCCAUCCAAGCGCCGAACAUGGUGUCGAAGCCUGUCGUUCAGGACGAUCCGAUCAUCCUGCGGUCCUCUGCACUCGAGCUCAGGUUCGCGCUCGUGCUCGUAGGUUAG